CCAAUCUCUCUCGAUCAAUAUUUUCCCGCGUUUUGUGCGGGGUGUUUGGUUUCAACAUGGCGUCGAACACGGCUUCUUCAAGUUUGCUUGAUAUUUUCAGUCUUAGUCCUGAGUUAUUAACUCUGAUAUUGUCAAGCCUUCCAGCAAARUCAGUUCUUAAUGUCAGUGAAACCUGCAGGCAUUUGAGAGACGUGGUUUUUGGCUGCGAUGUGUUGUGGAAGAGACUUUGCAUGAAUCACUUCGAUUUUGAUUUGCAAGUCAAAGGGCCAUUCCAGUCAUUUGCAUCUCUCUAUCAGCUAAUCUACAAGUAYAAAGUGAUAGUUGAAAAUCAUGUAUUUGGUUGGUAUGUAUCUGAGUACCACUGUCAUUGGAGUGUUCUCCUUGAAGAAGGGACAAGAACAUCUAUAAGUCUAGACAAUCCAACUGGUUAUUUCCUGUGUACAGAAUCAAGACUCMAAAAAACCUGGGAUAUUACAAAAAAUGACAUGACAGAUAACGACAGCCAGAAAUCUGGAMACUAUGUAACUAUUAUAGAUAUUAUCAAAUCCAAACUGGCAGCAGUUGAUCGAAAGCAAUUUCARCAAGCUGUUCUACAGAGGUGCAUUCGCAAUCAAAAGAAAAUUUGCAAACAUUUUGUGUCAGCAGCUAUAAUGGGACGGUGCGAUGACUUUGUGUUGUAUAUAAUAAAACACCAAGAUGCUAAGGCAAUAUUGAUGACCAAGACACCAAUUCCAGAUUAUCUGGACGAUUUUGAUGUGAACAAACUGUAUGAUAGUGACAUUGAAAGAAUGCCUGCUGACAUUGUAAUGGAUUUUUUAAAAGGCCAUUUCCACAAGACUGGCAUUAAACAAGUGAAGAAUUAUGUGGAAUUUGUGAAUACUGCAAAGUGCUGUUACAAGUGGGAUAUAAAACAUGCACCUGAAAAGAUUAUAGAUGCUAUUUGCAAUGAUGUUUAUGAAAAGCAUAAACAAACAGCAAAGUUAMGGCUUAUUUCUACAUUGGAAUACUGUCAAAGUGCUGAGGAAUGCUUUGCAAGAGUCAAGGAGAUUGAAAAAUGGCAGGAUGAURUUGARCAAGAUUUAGAAGUUACCUACAGGUCUGGUAACUUCAGUGGAAUUUCAGAGAAUGAAGCUUACAAAAAUUAUGUCUUGCAAGGAAAGGAAGAUGAUUUCACAUCUCUAAAGAAUCACUUUGAAGGGCUGAUCAACAUCAAAAUAUGGCUGUUUCAUAAUAUGUGGAUUAAAGAGGUUUUAGGAAGUUCCAUUGUUAGUGUCCUUAAAGGCGACCCCAUCAGCAGUUUAGUUUUAGCCAUUCGUCAAUACAGGGAAAUUGCAGAUUCCUUGAAAGUGUAUCUAAAGACAGGAAAAAAGAAGCAUUUUCGGAAGCUCAUAGAAAAGUUAUGGCUGUAUGCAACAAGGAAACUYGAAAGGAAGGCAGAACAUUUGUACAAGCUACAAGGAGAUCUAAAAGCAAAGAAGGUUUCCCCUCCUUACAAAAGAAGUUAGCUAUUUAUAGAUGAAAUAUCAGAUGUAGUCAUGAUUGCAGAAAGGAACUUUUCACAUGAAAAGCCUUCAGUUACUGCUUCGAUGAUGAACAUAUUGCCAAAAUUGAAAAAAAUGUUGUAUUCAAAGAGACAAUUA